UUUCGGUUUUCCUUCGUUCGUUUCGCUUGGAGGUUGCCUUCCGGCAAGAUCUGGUCUCUCUCUCUUCCCCUCUCUCUCUCUCUCUCCGGUUCGAAGGAGUCCCGCUCGUUGCACUCAUUCUUCUUCUCGUUGGCGCGGUUUGGCUUAAGACGGACGUUUCUCUCUUUUUGCUGAGAUCUGAAGGAUUCUUCCCAUGCAUAGAGAUUUUUGUUUCCUUGUAUAGGUGAAUGAAGAGGAGGAUAUGGGGAGGAAAGGGAAUUGGUUCUCUGCAGUGAAGAAAGCAUUGAAUCCUGAUUCCAGAGAGAAGAAAGAUAAGAGAUCUCAAAAAUCGAAGAAAAAAUGGUUUGGCAAAAGCAGCGCUCUGGAUCCGGUUUCUUCAGCUGAGGAAACUGUAUUGGCUGUCCCUGCGCCGCCGCCUCCGGUCGAGGAAUUGAAGCUGAAGCCAGUUGAGGAUGAGCAGAGCAAGCAUGCCUACUCAGUGGCCCUUGCGACCGCCGUUGCGGCAGAGGCAGCGGUUGCUGCUGCUCAGGCUGCUGCUGAGGUGGUUCGCCUAACGACUGCUUCGCGUUACUGGGGCAAAUCGAAAGAGGAAAUUGCAGCUAUCAAGAUUCAAACUGCAUUCCGAGGAUACUUGGCGAGGAGAGCAUUGCGAGCUUUACGGGGACUUGUUAGGUUGAAGACACUAAUACAAGGGCAAUCUGUCAAGAGACAAGCAACCACAACAUUGCGGUGCAUGCAGACACUUGCCCGGGUGCAGUCUCAGAUUCGUGCGAGAAGAAUUAGGAUGUCAGAAGAGAAUCAGGCCCUGCAGCGGCAACUUCAACAGAAAUGUGAGAAAGAGCUUGAGAAAUUGAGAUUGGGAGAUGAAUGGAAUGAUAGCGUGCAAUCGAAGGAGCAAAUUGAAGCAAACUUACUGAGCAAGCAGGAAGCUGCCAUGAGAAGAGAGAGGGCAUUGGCUUAUGCAUUCUCCCAUCAGCAAACAUGGAAGAACAAUUCCAAGUCAGCUAACCCAACAUUUAUGGACCCGCACAACCCUCACUGGGGUUGGAGUUGGUUAGAGCGGUGGAUGGCAGCCAGGCCAUGGGAGACUCGAAGCACUGUAGAGUACAACGAUCAAGGUUCUGUGAGAAGCACAACAAGCCACGCCAUGUCCCUUGGAGAAAUCAGCCGAGCUUAUUCCCGACGCAACCUCGACAACGAUAACAAGCCUUCCCCCACCGCCCAUCGGCCGAGCCGAGCCCCAUCUCGUCAUUCUCCGUCUACUCCUCCUUCAAAAGCCCCAUCGGUAUCAUCAGUCACCAGCAAAACAAAACCUCCCAGCCCAAAGGGCCGUGGUUGGGGCGGUCCUGCUGGGGAUGACGACUCGAGAAGCAUGUUCAGCGUGCAGUCCGAGCAGUACAGGAGGCACACAAUUGCCGGGUUGUCGGCGAGGGAUGACGAAAGCCUUGCCAGCACUACAUCGGUCCCAAGUUACAUGGCCCCCACGCAGUCCGCAAAGGCUAAAUCCCGGUUGUCAAGCCCGUUAGGGCUAGACAAGAGCGGGACUCCAGAGAAGGGAUCGGUGGGGUCUGUAAAGAAGCGUCUGUCGUUCCCUUCUUCCCCUGCCGGUCCUAGGAGGCAUUCGGGACCUCCCAGGGUAGAGAGCAGUAGCAUUAAAGAGCUUGGGGCUUAAUCGGAGGAGAAAGUUAAAAUUGGAGGGAGCAGGUAGGCGGGAGGUGCCAUUAGGAAGUUGUGUGAUCUUGUGGAAGCGCAAAUGGAGAAGGCUGGAGAGGGGAUGGACAGGGAUUUCAACACUCACCACCUUUUCUUCAGCAACCAGUCCACUGAAGUUGUAGAGGGAAGAGUGAAUAAAACUGUGUCAUUGUUUCGAGUGUUUGUCUGUUUGCAACUUUGUGCAAUUGGGGCUUCUCAUUAACUUCUCCUGUUGAAUAACUAGUUCGUUGU